AUGCGGCGUGGCAAAGUGCUGCUGGAAAGCAGUAGACAGGGCUCUGUCGACGGCAAACCCAACGUUAACAAUGACAAAGAACUAGUACACAAAUGUCAUAGUGAUCCUGGUGGCGGAAGGGCUCUUGGAGCUGCUCCUAGAACGCACAGACAUCGUUCUGCUUCAGGGGCAACUAGAAAAUGUGUUCUCACACUUGAUGGAUACUCCUAUGUCAUUGGUGAGUUUGCGGUUACAUCAAACGAAUCUUUGAUACAAGACAAUUUCUCACUUUAUCAAUUAAUCUAG